UGCUGAACGAUGUGAGCUGAAUAGUCUCCGGGACGGGGUGAUAUUUUUCUGUGGCUGUCUUCGCGGUUCUCUCUGUACUUUUCUCGGUAAGGUCUCGCUGUCCGUCGGCAUCGUGUCUCUCCCGGUGUCUCUCCCGGGAAGCGCGAGGCCGAGUCGUGCGAUGAUGGAGGACUUUGAUGAGAUCUACGAAGAGGAGGAGGAGGAAGAGGAGGACGAGGACAGGGCCGCGGAGGAGCAGCUCCUCAAGUACGCUCCGGACCCGGUGGUGGUACGAGGAUCCGGCCACGUCACUGUGUUUGGGCUUAGUAACAAAUUCGAGUCAGAAUUUCCUUCAGCACUUACAGGGAAGGUGGCACCAGAGGAAUUCAAAGCCAGUAUCAACCGUGUAAACAGCUGCCUGAGGAAGACGCUGCCAGUGAAUGUGCGGUGGCUCCUGUGUGGCUGCCUCUGCUGCUGCUGCACUCUGGGUUUUAGUUUGUGGCCUGUCAUCUGCCUCAGCAAGAGGACAAGAAGAUCUAUAGAAAAGCUCCUGGAGUGGGAGAACAGCAGACUUUACCACAAGUUGUGUUUGCAUUGGAAACUAAGCAAAAGGAAGUGUGAAACCAACAACAUGAUGGAAUAUGUAAUCCUAAUAGAGUUCCUACCUAAGAUCCCCAUCUUCAGACCGGACUAGCCUGACUGCAGCUGAUCUUAAACCACCACUGCUGCCCAGCUCUGUCACAGAUCCACAAUGGCUGUAAAACUCCUGAAAAACUACCCUUCUCAAAAUACUACAGUGUUUUUUGUUUACAGGGUAGCAUCAAUCUUUCCACUUUUCUAUAUCAUCUCUUCUCCCACACAUACCUUAUCUACGCCCUUGUUUACAAAUCCAGCAUCCCCACUCCAGCAUUGGAGGGAAUUCACCAUUGAACCAUGACCUAUCGGACAAGCUGGCACACUGUCAAGCCACGCGAGCCAGCACCAGCCCGUGGGAUGUCGGGAGACCCAGCCAUGGGCAGUGUUAUUGAUUUUUGGAGCCAGACCUGGAGACUGGACCCUUGAACUGAGUUCUGUGAGCUACAACUGGAAUUUUCUCACUUGUAUGUUCCCUUACCUAAGCACAUGGCACAGUCAGACCAUGAUAGAACAAACAGUUUCAUAUGUUACCUACUGUCACACCGCCAACUUCACCUGCAAAAAAAAAAUACACCCCAGUGCUUUUGUAACAGUUGGUUUGGUGCUCUAAAUCCUGAACAGAGGCUGCGGCGGCAACACAACAUGGAACUCCAAAGGAACCUUCAUCCAAAUCAACUCUGUAGCGGGCUGACUAGUCUCACAGGAACAUGUUGGGCCAGUGGCCAAAACAGCUGAACUCAGAAAUGUCACUCUUCGUAUCAACUACCAGAACACUCUGAUCCUCUCACCCCCUUUCAUAUCUCUGCACACUUAUUGUGCAUCACUCUAACCCAGUGACAAUCACACACGUUGACUGUACUCCCCAUAGUAUGAAUGAGUCUUUAUGCUACACUGUUUACCUGAACUAUUUUUUUUUUCACCAUUAUGUGUGUCCAGGUGAUGGACUGGCUGCCUAGCAACCGAUUCUUGAGUCACAGUGGAGCAUGUAAGCUGGAAAAAAAGCCACUGUUGAUGAUGAGCUGAAUCCCUGGUUUCUUUAUAUUUUUUAGUAUCUCAAGUUUUGUUUACUUUUUUUGGUGAAAGAGAGGCAGUCAGUGUGUGUGUGUGUGUGUGUGUGUGUGUGUGUGUGUGUGUGUGUGUGUUUGAGAGAGAGAAACGUAAGCAAAAAAGACAAAUCAGACAUGAAGAGAUACUCUUUACUCUGUAAAACAGGGUUCUUUCUUUGCCAUAACUGAUUUUUGUUAUUUUGUUGUAGUAAUUUAUAAGUGCGUGAGUGUACAUAUAAUAUGUGCAUUCGUGAAAUAGGCCUCGGUUGUUGUUGUUUUUUUCUUUUUUCUGCAAAGGUAUGCUAUGGUUGUUUAUUUUUUGUCUCUAUGGUCAUGUGUCAACACUAAAGCACACAAUCGCUUAACACCUUCACAUGGCCUCUCUUCCUUAUCUGCUGACCUUGGCUUACUUAUAUGAGUGUUCAAGUUAAGGACGUGGUUUUGAUGAAGUUUCUCUGUUUUUGAUAUAAUCUGACUCAUUAAAUUCAGAGGCCUGGGUUGCCUAAGAGUGUUAGAUCCCCUUUAGUAGGUGUUAGUUAAUACCAGCGUCAUAAAGCAGGAUUACUAGGAAAGUUAGCUACAUAACUGCACUGAGUAAAAACAGACUACUCCCAGAUCAGGAACGUGGACUUUAAAGCUGCAGUAUUUUUAUAUUGAAAAUAACUGUGUAAGGUGAACCCAGAGAAAAUUAUUAUCCCACUCAGCAGUUACUCCCAGCUCUACGAAGCAUUUUUGUAUCUUUAUUUCUCUUUGUUUUGGAUUUCUGGCCCGUAACUUCUGGUGGUUCACUCUCACUACCCCCAUCAUCAUCACCAUCAUCUUGUUUGCAGCAGCAACAGCAGGCGACUGUUUCCAGAAAUAAUAAACCCACAGUACACUCCGUGCCCAGCACCAAACAGCAGCAGACAGACAAAGUUAGCAACUAUCUGGUCACAGUGGAGCACUCAGUAGCUGAAGAACCUGAUAUUUCCUCAGGAAUCUGUGGAGACCAAUAAUGAAGCUAAAGGGAGGGUGAAUGUUGGGCCAUAUGGCCAAAAACAACUCCAAAUGAAUGCUAAUGUAGCUCUCUCUACAGGAUGUGUAAAUAGGCAACGGUUUGCUAACAAAUUUGCUUUAUAAGCUUUAUCAAGUGAUGAGUCAUUGCAGGUUUAAGAAAAAAAAAAGUCGCUCCAGGCUCGAUUUGGUUCAGUUAUCUAGCUAACUAACAAUCCUGCUUUGAGAUAAAGCCCUAAGACUAUUUUUAAAACUGUCAACUUAUUUCAGAUCAUAUCAUAAAGCACAUCCCAGUUUCUUUAAACAUGUAAUCAUUUGCAAGUUAUUAGGAGAGAAGGGAGAACAGAAAAGGAAGGUCUUUUUGAAUAUGAUACAGAUUUAGCUUUUCCCACUCAGCACGCCUCUUGAUUUAUAAAUACACACAACAUACUGACUGAGACUGUCAGAUUGUGUAUUGCAAGAAUUUGAAAAAAAAAAAGCCACUUAGUUUUAGGUCACUCAGCUCUGGUUGAUUGUAUGGGUCACACUCAGGGGAUAAUACUAGAUAAACAAUAUGUA